AUGGGGAAGCGCCAAGUCAACCUCACCUAUCGCAAAGCUGGGACUCAGCCUCCGGUUUUCGUUGCUGGCACAUUUUCAGAUCCGGCAUGGCAACCAUAUGAGAUGGCCUGCUCCAAGAACGGCAGUGGGGAGUACGCAUUUGAACACAUAGUUUCAGCUGAUCCGGGUACUGAAAUUCAGUACAAGUUUCGGCUUGGUACUGGAGACUGGUGGGCUUGUGAUGACACCACAGCCACAGCGACUGACAGCCAGGGCAAUACGAACAAUACCUUACGCAUUGGUCGUCUCAGUAUCGAUGACGGCGACUUCGAAGAUGAAGACGCUUUGCCCGAGGAUGAAGGUCCUCCUGUGUUCUCUCAUGAGUGCUUUGGUAGCCCCGAUGUUCCGCCCGACGCCUCGAAUGGUUCUGAUGACGAGUCUCCUAAUGUGAACAAGCCGUCUCGUCCUUCCCGGGCAUCUCGUCCCUCUAUCACGGCCAAGCCCAUAUUCGAGGAUUCAGAUGCAGAUGAGGAAAUCGAUUACGACGAUCCACGGCUUGAGCAUUUCCCGUAUGAGAACCGUCGAUCUAUUAUCGCACAACUACAACGCAUUGAGACAAACACAGGACGGGAUCGCUCUUUACCGGCGGGAAUCGCGCCUAUAUCCCCGCUUGUCUCGCCCACUGGGUUGACAUUUUCUCCUGCAACACUUGAGCCUGAAUUGGUAGAUAGACGCUCCAGCGCGCCCAGAUCUUCACGCGGGUCGCUCCAUUCUGAACGCUCUCAUACAUCACUGGCAUCCAUCGGCGAAAUUAUUGAGGAAGAAGAGAGUGAAGGCUCCAAAGGUAGCAAGCAUCAACAGACUGUCAAGAAUGCACCGCCAGGCACCUACGAUACUGCCGACUUUACAGAUAUCAGUGAAUCGCAGGGAUCUACCGCUCUAGCAGCCCAUAGCGAGAAGCUUGAUACACCAAUCGUGAGACUUGAAGCCCCUUCAAGUGACGAGGAUGAGGGAAUCUCACUAAGCACUGGAAACAGCAUCAAAAAGUCUCGUCCCGCCUACCUACGCAAACCGGAACCCAAAAGUCCAAUUGACCGACCUAUAUCCUCCGCAUCAACAAAUUCGAUAAACGACAUUAGCAAGCAAAACAAUUGGUUACAUUCAUUCUUCAAAGUAGUAUUUGUGGACUGGAUUGGACAUUUCUUCUCAAACAUUUUGUUUGGCAAUAAGCGAAAGGCGUAA